UCAGUCCUUCUUCACGGCAGCAAAGCAAAAGUAGAUAGUGAAACCAGCGUUACACCAUGAGUGCGGCAGACGUGUUCAGCUACCAGCACAGCUUUCCAUCGUACUACGGUCAACAGUUUGGUUUGGCGAGUGCCGGAUCGUCGUUCGAGCAAAACAGACUGGACAGUUACUACAAUGGCUACGGUGGCUACCCGACACCGAGCGGCAACAGUGCAGAGUCUUUCGAGCCGGUGACAAACAGUGACAGCUUCCUGCAGCAACAACAGCUCUUUUCCAUCUGCACUGACACCAGCAGUAGUGGCAAGGGAAGCCCGCUAGCACUGGCCGACCCGCAGAGUCUGCAACUUCUGCAGAGCCUAACGUCCGAUGAUAGCAGCGGCAGUAGUUGUAGCAGCAGUAGUGCCGGUUCGGAAUGUGACAUCCCUGUGACGGUUGCGGCACCGGCAAAGAGCAGCAAGUCCAAGCGGGGCAGCGGUGUGCCGACGGUUGUGCGGAAGAAGCGUCGUCUGGCGGCCAAUGCACGCGAACGGAAGCGCAUGAAGGGGCUGAACGAGGCGUUCGAUCGAUUGCGCCAGUAUCUGCCGUCGUUGGGAAAUGAUCGGCAGCUGUCCAAGCACGAAACACUACAAAUGGCUCAAUCUUACAUCAGUGCGCUGGCGGAACUGUUGGAUUAGAGCCGUUUGCAGUUGGAACGAUGGCAGAUGCUCCAGAGUGUGUUUUUGCUUAUCAGAAGGAUGCAAUAGUUAAUUUAUUUAUGUUUAUUUAUGAUUCGCGUUAAGGCUGAGAAUGUACAUAGAG